AUGACCCAUGCAGCCACACCUGGUGGCACAUCCUGUAGGCCCGAUACCUUCGACCGUAUCCGUUCAUUAAGAGAUGGAGAAAAAGCACGAGGUGUUAAUACGAGCCAGGGAAGCACCAAGCCUAAGGAGACCAAGGCUAAGGAGGAAAGAAAGACAGGUAUCAGACAAACUAUCAAUCGGAAGAGAGCCUGGAAAGGAAAGAACAGCAAAAGAGAAGAGAGCGUGGAGAACCCCAAAAUACGCCACGAAACGCCCGCGACAGACACGUGA